GCCUUAUGUUGUUUUGGCUACCGCAAAAUAAAGCUGUCUAGAAGAUGAAGAAGAAGAGUUUUAAACACUUGCUACCUAGCCGCUAUAUUUUAGCUCAGGGAAUUACGGCUGUCUUAUAUGUUAUAUUGCAUCUGUCGUUAUAAAGCUGCCCAUCAAUGUCGAGCGCGAAGAGGAGAAGAGCUACAUCACCCUCCAGCAGUGUGAGCGGAGGAGGGGACCUCGACGACGUUUCAUCCACUCCUGGAAGUGGUCGAAAAAGAAAAUGGGCUUCCAGUGUUCCACCUGUAGACACGAUCGCCGUGUGCCAUGAGCUCUUCAACGCUGUUAGGGACUACAAGGAUGAUCAAGGGAGAAAUCUCAGUGAUUUUUUUCAAAGGGUGCCAAAGAGAAGAAACUUGCCUGAUUACUAUGAAGUGGUGUCCCAGCCGAUAGACAUGACAAAAAUUCAGCAUAAGCUGAAGUCAGAAGAUUACCAAGAGGUGGAGCAACUCACUGCAGACUUCCAGCUCAUGUUCAACAAUACCAAAUCCUUUUACAAGAGGGACAGUGAGGAGUAUCAAGCAGCCUGCAAGCUGUGGGUCAUCUAUUUGCAGACCAGGAAUGACUUUUUGCAGAGUGGAGAUGGAGAAGAUGAGGAUGAUGAUGGGGAUGACAUAAUGGAUAACCCGGGACUGUCGACAGAAGAUGAGGCAUCGUCCGGCAGCUUAAAGGAAUUGUUAGACCAACUACUAGCAGCGGUGGUUUUGUAUACAGAUUCCUCAGGUCACGUGGUCAGUAAACUCUUCGAGAAAUUGCCUUCUAAAUUGCAUUACCCAGACUACUACGCUGUUAUAAAGGAUCCCAUUGAUCUGAGAACAAUCGCGCAAAGAAUACAGAUGGGAUACUACAAAAGUGUCAACGCCAUGGGCAAGGACAUUGACCUCAUGGCCAAAAAUGCCAAAACAUACAAUGAACCCGGAUCUCAGGUUUUUAAGGACGCAAACACCAUCAAGAAAGUGUUCAUCCAGAAGAAGACUGAACUGGAACACGCCGAGCCAACUAAAACAAGUCUUCGCAUCAGAAAUCGCAGAUCUGGUCAAGGUGAUCGACUUUCUGGCGUCAACAUAGCUCUUCAGUAUGGCUCAGAGAGUGAGGACGACCCUGUGCUUUCCGGCUCUGUGUGCUACGAUGAAGGGGAGUCUGAGGCUGAGAGUCAAAGUUCUAGCAUGGAGAUGAGCAACCCCAUUUUCCAGCUUUAUGAGGCCGUGCGAGGCGCAAGGAACAGCCAGGGCCAGCUGUUUUCUGAACCUUUCCAGAGUCUGCCAUCUCGCAGGGAAUAUCCAGACUAUUACCAGCAGAUAAAGCAGACCAUGUGUCUGCAGCAAAUCAGGGCAAAGAUGAAAAAUGGCGAAUAUGAAAAUGUCGAACAAAUGGAUGCCGACCUCAAUUUGAUGUUUGAAAAUGCCAAGCGAUACAACAUGCCCAACUCAAGUAUUUAUAAAAGGGCCCUUAGACUUCAACAAAUUUUGCAGGCAAAAAAGCGGGAACUUCUGAGAAGAGAUGAUGAGGAUGGCGACAGUCUGCUGUCAUCUGAUGCAGGAAGCGCCAAGAGAAAAUGCAUCAAGAAAAAUAUCAAAAAGAGUCGAAUGAAAGCCCUGUACGCCGCUGUGACAGACGCCAGGGAGGUUGGCAGCAGUCGUCGCCUGUGCGAACUCUUUAUGGUCAAACCUUCCAAGAAGGACUACCCUGACUAUUAUAAGGUUAUUCUCGAACCUAUGGACCUAAAAACCAUUGAGCACAAUGUUCGCACUGAACGCUACGCUACAGAGGACGCACUGAUGGAUGACAUGAAGUUGAUGUUCCGUAACGCCCGACAUUAUAAUGAGGAAGGAUCUCAGGUAUACAAUGAUGCUGACGUCCUGGAAAAGAUCCUCAAAGAUAAGCGCAAGGAGUUGGGGCAGCCACCUGAAGAGGAAGAUGUGGGGUCUCCCAAAUUGAAACUCAGAAAGAGUGGUGUCUCUCCAAAGAAGACUAAAUACCUCACUCCACUGCAGCAAAAGUUAAAUGAACUCUAUGACGCUGUGCGGAACUUCACUGACCGUCGUGGCCGCCGCCUGAGCACAAUCUUCCUUCGUCUUCCGUCUCGCUCCGAACUGCCUGACUACUACGCCACUAUCAAGCGGCCUAUCGACAUGGAGCGGCUGCGCAGCCACAUGGCAGCGGGACGCUACCAGGAUGUUGAGGCUCUUGCAGAGGACUUCACUGUAAUGUUCAACAACGCUUGCAUGUACAAUGAGCCAGAAUCGCUUAUCUAUCGGGAUGCCCUCGUGCUGCAUCGGGUUCUCCUGGAAACACGCAAACAGCAGGAGGGAGGAGAGGAUUCUGGCACCCCUCCUGUGGGAACUCUUGUGCGUGAAAUGAUAAGAAACCUUCUUGUGUCAGUGCUGGGCCACCAGGAUGACGAGGGUCGAUGCUACAGCGAUUCUCUGGCUGAAAUCCCAGCGUUGGAUCCAGAAAGCCCAGAAAAACCUCCGCUUAACUUUGAUAUUAUUCGAGUAAAUGUGGAGCGUGGACGCUACAGGAGACUGGAUGUCUUCCAGGAGCAUGUUUUUGAAGUUCUGCAGAAGGCCAGGAGGCUGCACAGAACUGACUCUGAAGUUUUCGAUGACGCAGUGGAACUGCAGCAGUUUUUUAUCAAGAUCCGGGAUGAGUUGUGUAAGAAUGGAGAGAUUCUACUAACAACCGCGCUCAACUACACUUUGAAACAACUGCACAAUGAUGUGGAGCAGGAAAAGAGAGAGAAAAUACCCAAAGAAAUUGAAGAGGAUAAGGAUAAGGAGGACGAGCCAAGCAAAAGUUCAAAAGUGAAGAACAUGCCAGAUGAAAUAUGGCGGCCCGAGUCGCAUACAGAUCUCGAUUACCGGCAACAAUGCACCUUUGAGCACAAUACCUACCAAGUGGGGGAGUAUGUCUAUGUGCAGCCAUCCGAGGCUAACCUGAAACCUCACAUCAUCUUGAUUGAGCGCCUUUGGGAGGAUGACAAAGGGGAGAAGUGGCUCUAUGGCUGCUGGUUUUACAGACCAAGAGAAACCUUCCACAUGGCAACUCGCAAGUUCCUGGAAAAUGAGGUCUUCAAGAGCGACUACUACAACAGAGUGUCCUUCCGUCAAGUCCUGGGCAAAUGUGUGGUAAUGUUUGUCAAGGAUUAUUUCAAACUUCAACCGGAGGGCUACAAAGCCGAGGAUGUGUACGUUUGCGAAUCCAGAUACACUGCCCGGUGCAAGCUGUUUAAGAAAAUCAAAAUCUGGGCCGUGCCUCAGAGUCCUGUCAGAUUCAUCCCUCGAGAGGUGCCCCUGCCCGUUGUCCGCUUUGCAUCAAUGUUUGCCAAGCCUGACCUGGAGAAACUCGAGAAAAUCUCGUUUGUAGACAGCAGCAGUUUCAUAGACAAGGAAAGGGAGGAAGUCUCCAUGGAGGUGAGCGGUGCAGAUCCUGGAUGCCAACACUACGAACAAUUGCGCUACAAAGACAUGUGGUUCAAAGUAGGCGAUUGCGUUUACAUCCAGUCACAUGGCCUGUCCAAGCCUCGUGUUGCCAGGUUGGAGAAGCUUUGGGUGCAGAAUGGAACUACUUUCUUCUUUGGGCCCAUUUUCAUUCAUCCGGAGGAAACCGCGCACGAGCCGACAAAGAUGUUCUACAAGAGAGAGGUUUUUCUGAGCCACUUAGAGGAGACUUUGCCCAUGACGUGCGUCAUAGGCAAAUGCAUGGUUUCUUCAUUCAAGGAUUACGUGUCAUGUAGACCUACCGAGGUCUCAGAGGAGGAUAAUCUUCUUUGCGAGAGCCGCUACAUAGAGACUGAAAAACAGGUGAAAAAGUUCAAGGGGCUGAAGCGCUUUUCAUACUCUUCCAAAGUGGUGGAGGAUGAGGUCUAUUAUUUCAGAAAAUUGAUAGUUCCACAGAAAGAAGCAUCUCCCUUUUUGGAUAAGAAGAUAGAUGAGCUUGAAGUUAAGUUAGCAGAUGUAGAAGAUGGCGAUGAUGACAUGGACGACAUGGACGAUGACGACGAGGGUAUAGAGACACCUUCUAUGCCUCAGAUGCAAACAUCUCUUAACAGCGAUAUGGACAGCAUGCCUUACACACCUUCUCAGUCCACACCAAAGAUUAAAGGCUUGUCCAAGAAGGAAGGUGCCAAGAGGAAAAUCAACAUGAGUGGCUACAUCCUAUUCAGCAGUGAGAUGCGGGCUGUCAUCAAGGCUCGACACCCAGACUUUUCUUUUGGUGAACUGAGUCGUCUGGUGGGCACGGAGUGGAGGAACCUCGAAGCCGUCAAGAAAGCUGACUAUGAAGAACGGGCAGCUAAAAUCGUGGAGCAACAGGAACGGGAGAGGCCAGCCCUGAAGCAAGCGUCCCCAAGAUCAGGUACCCCCCUAGGGUCACUGAUGGGGGUCGUGCCUUCACCUAGCACUAUGGGCAUGAUAAACCAGACCAUGACACCUAUGUCAGGCAUGAUGGGAGCUUACGGGCCACCUUACAUGCCCAUGCAGGGCCCCCAUGAGGGUUUGUUGAGUGUGGCCCCAUUGUCACCUUACCAAGCAGGGGGGGCCCACCUCCAUCCUCACCAUCUUCAGCCAGGUGGUAUGCCUGGAUACCCGGGCAUGGUUCAUCAUGGCAUGAUGGGGGCUGCUGUGAAUGGUAUGUCUGGAAAUCCUGCUCCGGGAAGUUUCAUGCAGCAGCCAGGAAUGUUCAGUCCAGGACAGCAUGCACCUCCACCUUACCCAGGGGCUGCCCAGACUCCUCCAAUGUUUGUAGCUCCACCGCCGAAGACUCAGAGGUUGCUACACUCGGAGGCCUACCUUAAAUAUAUCGAGGGCUUGAACUCAGACUCCAGCACGGUCAGCAAAUGGGAACAGACACUGAAAGCUCAAAGGCGAGACGCUCACAUGACCAAAGAGCAAGAGAGUCGACUGCCGGCUCACUGGCUUAAGAGCAAAGGAGCCCACACCACAAUGACAGAUGCGUUGUGGCGCCUGCGUGACCUGAUGCUGAGGGACUCGCUGAGCAUUUGUCAAGCGUACAAUUUGUGAUGUGAAGGACUCGCACCACUUGUAACCACACCUCUCUCACCCCUUAAUAUCAAACUUGGAAAAAAAAAACAGAUCGUAGAAGCAAUAUUUUAUAGCAGUUCCUAAUCAAUUUUAUAUUUAUUAGUAUCAGUAAUAUGCUUAUUAGUUGUUUGUGCAUAUGAAUUUUUUUACUCUGUGGAUUAAUUUUGCUGCAAUACAAGUGUUUUGGCUUAUUGGUACUAUUAAAAUAAACUUGCUAUUACAAACUAUUUAACGACAAGUACUUUCAAUUAUUGUGGUAAAUUAAGCACAAAUGUACCGUAUUUUCUCAAGUAUAUAAAUGCCUAAUAAUGUUUACCUUACUAAAAUAUAUUGAGCACAUGACGUCUAUGAAGUUGACCGGAACCAACAAUAAGCUUAACAUGUUUUGGGGGGUUGGGGAGCAUACUGUGACAGCUUUACUGUAGGACACAUUAGCCACGUUUACAUGCUGACUUUUAUUCAUACCGAUUCAAAUCAUUCCGAAUGGAAAUUUCACAUCAGCUGUCUACAUGUCACUUCAUCUAUUCCGAUCCAGCGUUUACAUGUGACUGCCUUUAUUCCGAAAGGACGUUUGACAACUGCCAUCUGACAUGCGCAGAUUAAUCAAAACAAAGCGUCACAUCGCAAAACAUGGAGAUCGAUCGUCAGAUCAGCUGCUGUUUUAACUUUUCGAGUGGAAACAAAACUUCAGAAUGAUACGCCGUUCAUUUAAAAAGUUGUGUGGGUGCGCUGUGCGUGUGCUUGGAAGCCAUGUUGCAAGUGACGUUACUUACGUCACCAAGUGACGUCACCACAUCAGUACGGAUCAUGCGCAGAAAGAACGCAACCAGACACCAUUCCGCUUCCCUGUUUACAUGAUAUAAUUUUACUUCUAAUCGGUUUGGGAAAAGGAAUAUUCCACCCCUGUGAAUCGGAAUGAAAUUCCAUUCGGUUUGGGCCUGUUCAUUCCGAAUGAGGUGUGUAUAUGGAACACAUUUAUUCGGUUUGAAGAAAUAUUCCGAUUGUAAUUGGAAUAUUUGGCUCCAUGUAAACGUGGCAAAUGUUGCCUCUCAUGCCAGCUUUUACUUGUACUAGCCGUAAAUUGUUAUGGGUCUAAAACUGCAUGUGAACGCCCUCUCAAGUCGUAUUUUCUCCUGGAGAACUGGGAAUUUAUCAUUAUACCCGGGUUUCCGAGAUGUGACAACUUGUUACCGUUCAAAUUGUCGGAGAGCGAACAAGGACUAGGAAGAAACUCGUUUUUUUUUUUUUUAGGUUUUUCACCAAUUAUCCCCUUGUUUUGUCGCUUGCAUAAUAACGUAUGAUACAGUAAUGAUUUUUUUUUUCACCAAGUGUGUGAUCAUUUUAUAGCUUUACACAGCAAAAUAGACACUGUUUAGCACUUGGUUGGCAUUCUGAGUAAAAUUCAUGUAAAUGUACUUGUUUACACUAUGCCAUUGACAGCAUGAUUUACUGAAACUCCUGAUAGCUUGGUGAGAGGACAUGUUGUAUGUGGAGCCACAUUUCUAUGCCACUGUACUCAGCACUUGGGUAGUUUAUAAUAAUCAACUCAGUCUUUCAAAAUUCAAGACAUUAUCGUACAAAUUGUGCACCCAGGCUGGUUGGCUGAAGGCACUUUACUGUAUCAAGUACCAUUUGUUUUUGCUGUUGUUUUUUUAAGUGUUUAACACAAUCCAGUUUCUGUAUGACAAUCUAUUGUUUCCAUCAAAUUGUUUGAUGCAUUUACAAUAGUAUUACAGUAAUUGUCAACAUAUUUAUCAUCUGUAUGAUGCAACCCUUAAUGAAGGAUCAAAGAUGCCAAAAUUAAAGAUCAAUGAAUAAAUUAAAGUGAAAAUAAAAAGGAUGAUAAGAAAUGAGUUUUAAAAAUAUGGAAGAAUAUACUAUUAAAAAGAUGAAUAUAAAUGCAAAAAGAUCAGAACUGGUAGGCUACACAGCAGGAGUUAAUUUUACUGGCAAA